AUGGGCGACCACGUCCUCUUCUUCUACGGAACCUUGAUGGCCCCUCAAAUGCUGCAUCGUGUGAUAUAUGGUCGUGCAGAUCCAGAGCCUUGGCAAAAGGCGCUCUUAAGUUUCCAGCCCGCCGUGCUGCACGGCUACCGGCGCCAUCGAGUGCGGGGUGCGGACUACCCGGGCAUUGUUCCUGCAUCUGGAUCGACACAAUUCACAGAAAAAGUCGGCGCAGAACCAGACAAUCAAACUGAGGCCAAUUCUUCAGCCCGAACAUCCGUUCUUGGGACCCUCGUCUCUGGAUUGACGGACGGAGACGUCCAUCGUCUGGAUAUAUACGAAGGAAACGAGUAUGCUCACGGGCAGGUCAAGGUGCGAACCUUGAAAGAGACAUUACACCAGGACCAGAGCCACGAACGCGCAACUUCAAAUUCGGGUGGGAAUCUUCGGGAUGUUCUUGAUGCUGCUGGGGCGGAGUUUGCGGAUGAGCAGGAGGAAGUGGAUGCUGUGACUUACGUGUGGACUGCCGGCGUGGAGAGGCUGGAGAGCGCGGAGUGGGAUUUUGAGACGUUCAAGAGGGAUAAGAUGGCUUGGUGGGUUGAGAAGGAUGAAAGUCAGUGGUAG